AUGGCGUUCGUAGGCAACGGAGCCCCCGAGCUGGAAGCGGACGAGGACAUUUUUGAAGAUGCCUUGGAAACAAUCUCUGGGCCUUUUCGCACAGAGAUGGCAGCAAGCAAACCUCAGUUGGCAUCACUGGACACAAAACAGGCCUCUGGACAGCAACGGUCAUCCAAAGUGAGCAGGUCACCAGCAACCAAGAUGGAUCUCAAGAAUGGCCUGGAAGAAUGUGAAGUGGCACUGAAAUUAUUUCUGAAUAACAAAUUUAAAGAUGCCUUAGAAUUGCUUCAACCAUGGGCUAAGGACAACAUGUACCAUGCCUUGGGCUACAGUACCAUUGUGGUACUGCAGGCCAUCAUGACCUUCGAGCAACAGGACAUCCAAAAUGGCAUUUCUGCCAUGAGGGACGCUUUACAAACCUGCCAAAAAUAUAGGAAAAAAAACACGGUUGUAGAAUCUUUCUCAAGUCUUAUUUCCAGAGGAUCAUUGGAACAGAUGACCGAAGAGGAAAUGCAUGCCGAAAUCUGCUAUGCGGAGUGUCUCCUACAGAAAGCAGCACUCACGUUUGUGCAGGAUGAAAAUAUGAUCAACUUCAUCAAAGGUGGACUCAAAAUUAGAACGAGUUACAAUAUAUAUAAAGAAUGUCUUUCUAUCCUGCAUAUACUUCAGAAGAACAAAGUUGAGCAACAAUUCUUCCAUGAGUUUGAAGGGGGUGUCAAACUUGGAAUAGGGGCCUUUAAUUUGAUGCUGUCCCUUUUACCAGCACGAAUUAUCAGACUACUAGAAUUUAUAGGAUUUUCUGGAAACAGGGAACUGGGCCUUCAGCAGCUACACGAAGGUGCAUCAGGAAGAAGCAUAAGAUCUCCACUCUGCUGCUUGACUCUUCUGUCUUUCCAUACUUACAUCUCCCUAAUACUUGGGACAGGAGAGGUGAACCUUGUGGAAGCGGAGAGUCUCCUGGCACCCUUCCUGCAGCAGUUUCCAAACGGCUCACUCAUGCUGUUUUAUCACGCCCGAAUAGAGCUGCUGAAAGGCAAUGUAGAAGAGGCACAAGAGGUAUUUCAAAAAUGCAUUUCAGUUCAAGAGGAAUGGAAACAGUUUCACCAUCUCUGUUAUUGGGAACUGAUGUGGAUUAAUAUAUUCCAACAAAACUGGAUGAAGGCGUAUUACUAUUCAGACCUGCUUUUCAAAGAGAGUAAAUGGUCCAAGGCCACGGCUGUGUACUUGAAAGCUGCGAUUUUGAGUAUGCUUCCUGAGGAGGAACUAGAAGAAACUAAAGAGAAUGUGGUAACUUUAUUCAGACAGGUGGAAAGCUUGAAGCAGAGAAUUGCCGGGAAAUCCAUCCCUACGGAGAAGUUUGCCGUGAGGAAGUCCCGCCGUUACUCCGCCUCGUUGCCCGCACCCGUGAAGCUCGUCUUGCCUGCCCUGGAAAUGAUGUACAUCUGGAAUGGUUUUCCAACCAUAAGCAAAAGAGAAGACCUCUCCGAAAAUCUAUUGUUAACUGUUGAAAAGGCUGAGGCAACUUUACAAAAUCAAAACUGCAGCGACUACCUGAUGGAUGACGAGUGCCUGCUGAAGCUGCUGAAGGGCUGCUGCCUGAAGAACCUCCACCGGCCCCUGCAGGCGGAGCUGUGCUUCAACCACGUCAUCCAGAGUGAAAAGCUGCUGAAGUUUGACCACUACCUGGUGCCAUUUACUCUGUUUGAGUUGGCGUACUUGUACAAAACCCAAGGGGAGAUGGACAAGGCUUUCAAGACUCUGGAAACUGCACGAAACAACUACAAAGAUUACUCCAUGGAGUCUAGACUGCACUUCAGAAUUCAGGCAGCUCUUCAACUCUGGAAAAAGCCCUCCUCACACUGA